AUGGCAGGCCCGCUGCACGUGCUGAGUGCGCGCCUGCAGUCUGACACCCCCGUGAGCACCGUCGCCCUCGAGCCAUAUGUGCUCUGCCGGAGAGGCGAUGGCACGACGGUGUCUGCAGAGGAGGUGCCAGCGGAGGGGCACACCGACAGCAGGUUCAGCGUCAAGUGCCGCUGGUACCGAUCGGUGGUGACCAAGGGAGGCCAGUACUGCUGGGUGCACCCAGAGAAGGAGGCCGCCAUCCAGUGCAUCCUGUGCCUGCGCUGCAAGGUGGACACCAAGAAGAGCUACCACUGCUCGCCCGAGUGCCUGCGGGAGCACUGGGCCUUCCACCGGGACUUCCACCAGCAGUCCCGGGAGAAUGGCGACAACGGCUUCCCUCGGGUGGACAGCUUCAAAGGCAGCUACACGUACAGCAACAGCGGGGAGACGUGGGUGGAGGUGGGGCGGGAGCGGGUGUACACGCCUGUGCCGGAGGAUGUGGGCGCCAUCCUCAAGUUUGAGUGCACCUCGUACGAUGCGGCCUCGCCAUACCCUGAAGUGGGCAAGACCUUCUCGAUCAUCACCGCGCGCGUGCGGCCAGGUGGGAUGCGGCGGCACGCUGAGCUGGCACGCUGA